GCCAGUUCCUGCUGCCGGGACCGGAGCGAGCCGACGGCGCGCACGGGAGGGCUCCGGCGGCCCCGGACCAGCCCCAUGGCCAACGCCACCCUCCUGCUGCUGCUGGCGCUGGGCGCAGGUACCUGUGCCAUGACCACCACCACCGAGAGCACCACGGAGACCACUGCCACUGACACAACCACCACAGAGACAACCACGACCACCACGGAGAUGACCACCGAGACGACCACCACCACCACCACCCCCAUGACCACCACCCUGAACAUCACCAUCACAAGCAGCAAUGGGACGCAACCACCCUCUGCUACAGCCUUCCCCAGCACAAGCAACACCACAAGCUUCCAGCCCAACACCACCACUGCCAACAGCACCAUGGUGCCUACCGCGGUCAGCUCUGCCGCCCCCUACACCAACACCACCACAAACAGCAGCAGCUUGGUCCCCACCUUCAGCACCAACAGCAGCACCGUGGCUCCCACCUCUGCCACCAACGCAACCAACAGCAGCACCGUGGCUCCCACCUCUGCCACCAACACAACCACCAUCAGCACCGUGGCUCCCACCUCUGCCACCAACACAACCAACAGCAGCACCGUGGCUCCCACCUCUGCCACCAACACAACCAACAGCAGCACCGUGGCUCCCACCUCUGCCACCAACACAAACAACAGCAGCACCGUGGCUCCCACCUCUGCCACCAACACAACCAAGAGCAGCGCUGCAGCUCCCACCUCUGCCACCAACACAACCAACAGCAGCACCGUGGCUCCCACCUCUGCCACCAACACAACCAUCAGCAGCACCACUGCUCCCACCAUUGCCACCAACACAACCAAGAGCAGCGCUGCAGCUCCCACGUCUGGCACAGAUGGUGGCACGGUGAUUCUCACCUCCAGCACCAAAAGCAGCAGCACUCGGACCGUCCCCACGCACACAACUUCUGUCACAGCCCCUGCGGUGGCACCGGGCGGCAGCGCCGGUCCCAGCCCCAACACCGCCACCGCGGUGCAGCUGCUGCUCAGCAUCCCCCUGUCCUUCCGCAUCCUCAACAGGAGCUUCAAUGAGAGCCUGCGCAACCCCGCGUCAGAGCAGUACCGGAGCCUGAGCCGCACCUUGCUGGCCAUGUUUGACCGUGUCUAUGGCAGUGGGCAGAGCUACAAGGGAUGCAGUGAGCUCCGUUUCAGCCAAGGUUCCGUGGCCGUGCAGUCCACCCUCGUGUUUGGCCAGGACAGCACCAUCACCACCAGCACUGCUGGGCAGCAGCUCAGGAACAGCCUGGACCAGAACGGCUUCAUCAUGGGCCUGCAGCUGGAUGACAUCUGGAGCAACACGGAAGGGAUGUCCCCAGCUCCGGUGCCAGGCUGGGCCAUUGCUCUGCUGGUCCUGGUCUGCAUUCUGCUGCUGCUGAGCAUCCUCACCUGCCUCCUGCUGACCAUCUGCACCUGCCGCCGGAAGACCCGUGGGAAGCUGGACCUCUUCAGCACGAAGGAUUCCUACCACCCCAUGUCCGAGUACCUGCAGUACCAGAGCCACGGGCGCUACCUGUCCCCCAGCAGCAAACCCAACCCCUACAGCCAGGUCGCGGGCAGCAACGGCGCGGGGACCGGCACCUUCACCUACACCAACCCUUCCGCUACCUCCGACAACCUCUGAGUGACACCGGGAUGCACAAGGAUAGGGCUGGGGGGGGGCAGCACCGGCCCCGGGCUUGUGUCCCCAUCCUCCCCCCCUCCGCCACGGGCAGCAGGAGCCGGAUGGUUCUGGAGCGGCCGGAUUCAUGCGCAUGACAGAACUGGAUGGACAAGGAUUGGGAUCCAGGCUGGAAGGGGGGUCCCUGCGCCCCGGUUCCUGCGCUCGCUUGGCUUUGCACCAAGGGGGGGGUCCCGGCUCCUGCUCCCCCCAAUUCCCCCCUCAAUUCAAUGGCUCUUUUGUGGUGUUAUUUUGUACAAAUAAAUCUCUCUCUGUGGGA